AUGGAUACAGAAGAACUUAAAUUCCAGUAUGCCAAUGAAUGUGAUUUAGAAAUACAUUGCUCGCCGUUUGGACUAUCAGGGCUAUACAUUAAAGUAAAAGGGUCCAAUAUAAUGGGAAUUGGGUCUACUAUGGGAUUAAUCACGGGCUCUACGAAAGGAUUAAUACACUACAACGAUAGUCAGGACUUAAUUGAUCAAAAAUAUAAACUCUAUGUCGUGGUAGACGAACAAGGGAUGCUCAGAAUUGACUUUAUCAAGAUCUUCACACUCCCAAAACGCAACAAUAGUAAAGAUAGCGAAAAUCAUCCAGACAAGGAAGAAGGCGUCAGAAGAGAUCAUAAUCCAAGUAUAAGCAUUUCACCUACGGCUAACAGUGGCGAUAAUUCGUACCCUUCAUCUUUAAAAAGUCCGCUUGACAACUCGAUAUCGAGCGAAGGGAAAAGUGGCUUAGACGAAGAUUUGGCCCGCCAAAGUAAAGUCCCUGCUCUAGUUUUUAGAGGUAAGUGUCCUGACGGAAGACCUGACAAAGUUGAGCCAUUUAUUGGGAUUUUUUCCUUCGAACGUGAAGACUAG